AUUUAUUUAUCACCAGCUAUAAUUGAGCUUUCAGCUAAAAAUGUACAGCAAAGCAAAGCCCUCAAACCAAACCCCUUUGCUGGCUCUUUCGGGCCCCAAGUGGCAAAAAAGAAAAGCUUAAGAUCUUAAUCCGCUCCGUGUCCAGUAGCAACACACAUUCCUUACCGCAGUCGCUCCAUCAUCGACCAAUCGUAACGUAAACAGCUCUGAAGAUGUACAGGAGGGCCGAGGAGUGUUGAGCCAUACAGCAGACUGGACCCAAGCCCGGAGCAGCUCACCUCUCCACUGGAGAUCGCCUUCCACUUUGGGAUCAUGGCGGACUACUACAACCACAACACCACCACCCCCACCGGAAUACCCGACCUGUUCGCCGCCUCCGAUGCCUCCCCCGCCCCGGGGAACGGAUCCCUAGACGGGGGCCGCGGCCCCAGCGACGGCCUCCAGACGGUCCUGGGGGCGGUCCUGACUGCCAUGCUGGGCGUGGUGGUGUUCUCCCUGGGCUGCUCCGUGGAGGCGUCCAGGCUGUGGGCCCACCUGCGCCGGCCCUGGGGCGUGCUGGUGGGGCUGGGCUGCCAGUUCGGGCUGAUGCCCCUCACGGCCUACCUGCUGGCCUCGGGGCUGGGCGUGCAGCCCCUGCAGGCGGUGGCCGUCCUGGUGAUGGGCUGCUGCCCUGGGGGGGUCAUCUCCAACAUCGUCACGUACUGGCUGGACGGAGACAUGGACCUCAGUAUCACCAUGACAGCCUGUUCCACCACACUGGCCAUGGGGCUGAUGCCGCUGUGUCUGUACGGGUACACGCAUGUCUGGGAGGUGACCACACACAUCAAGAUCCCCUACUCCAAUAUGGGGUUGACUCUUCUCACCCUGGUUGUACCCGUGGCGGGGGGUGUGGCUGUAAACUACAAAUGGCCUAAAGUUGCUAAAUGUAUCCUGAAGGUAGGCUCUGUGGUUGGCAGCGUGAUGUUACUGGUGGUGGGCGUGGCCAGUGCACUUCUGUAUCCUGGAUCCUGGCAAACUGACGGCUCGCUCGUCGUCAUAGCCGCCGUCUUCCCUCUGAUUGGCUACACUGCCGGCUUCCUCAUAGCAGUCAUCUGCAGGCAGCCAUGGCAGAGAUGCCGGACCAUCGCCAUGGAGACGGGAGCCCAGAACGUCCAGAUCAGCUCCACAGUGCUGCAGCUGUCCUUCCCUCCAGAGCAGCUGGUGGUCAUGUUCACCUUCCCCCUGAUGUACGGCUGCUCCCAGCUGCUCCACAGCCUUCUGCUGGUCUCAGUCUACCAGCUUUGGAAGCGCGUCCAUCUGUGGAGAUCUGGGGAAGUCGCUGCUGGUGAGGAACUAGGGACAAUUCCCAACAGCAGAGAAAAUCUGGACGUGGCCGACCACACCAGGCAACAUCUGGAUGAUGCCAUCAACCCUGCACGCGGGGAGACUAACUCAGCGUUUGAAGAUGACGCCCAUGGGCGUGACGGCCCCUCACCUCAGUCAGACCUUCACCCAGAGCAGAAUGUCAACACUAAAUCCGUGGCCAUUACGACUCAUAUUCAAGACAAUAUGUAGGCCAUGUUAUCGAAGAGCUAUAUAAUUAUAAUAAUUGUUAUUAUAUUUUAUAUCUCGAUACGUGUUGUCAUUUAUUACCUUAAUUUGAUUUACUUGUUCAUUAAAAUACUUGGUAGCUAAUCAUUUGAAAAGUAUGUAAAAUGUAGGGAGAUUUUACUCUUUUUUUUUAUGAUAAAUCAUAAAUCAAACUAA